AUGUUCCCACGUACUCCUCUAGAGGCAUUAAAGCAAACCCAAGAAGAACGGAAGGGAACUAAACAUCACCGUUCACCGAGUGAUCCUGGUGUUAAAUAUCCAAGGUUGGAUCAAUAUUUUAAGAGGCAAUCUCCUCUGGACCCAGAUAGAGAAGAAUUGUUAAAUUUACGGCAAUAUUUGGAGACGACUUUAAAUGCACUAAUGAUGCAGUUGAAGUGUAUCGAAGAUAGACUUGCCAGUCUGGAAAUGGCCAACCAGUCAACCUUGUCCUCGGUAAGGAAAUUGGAAACUGACUUUUCUAACGUAAGUUCCCGAUUAGAUAAACUGGAACAGCAACAACAGUUACCAUUGGAAGAUAUUGGUGAGUUACACUCCUUUGCCUACGAUAGACAAGUUAAUGCUUCAAACAGAAGCAAUUUAAUGUUGUUUAACCAUAGUAUUCCGCCCGAGUUGGAUUCGCGGGAUUAUAUUGUUAACCUAUUUUCUAAGGAACUGGAUGUGACUGAUCUGUCGGGGCAUAAUAUUGUCAAUGUUGUCAAGAAUCUGGUUCGUAAGGUUGAAUCCUUUCGUGUUGGGUCUCUCUCAUCUUCGGACCAUUUUCCAGUGGAAUUACAGUUGUCAACCGGAAACAGAUUUUCUUUUGUUGAUGGGCCUAGCCCCACUAAGAUUCGUUUUGUUUGGGAUGAUUCUAAAGUAGAAUUGUUUGGUGAUGCCGUAUCGCAGAGUUUCCAGAAUUUAAACUUUGAUUCGAUGACUGUUGAAGAUUUCUAUGGUAUUAUUUUGUCCGAGCUAUGCUCUAUAGAAAGAAGACUAAAUGUGUUAAUUGAAGGUGUUGGGCCUUAUAGGAGGGCUCGUCCCCCUUGGUUUGAUGGGUCGUGCUACAUUCAGAAGCGAGUGAGGAACACUGCCCUGGGCAAAUUUCGCAGAUCUAACAGCCAGGCUGAUUUGGCCUCUUUUUUAAAUUUGAAACGACAAUAUAAUUCACUUAUUAAGGCCAAAAAGAGGAGAUAUUUUUGUAAUUAUGCAUUCCAGUUGGCUGGUAUUAGAGAUUCUAAGGCCUUUUGGUUUCGGGUAGGUCGUUUUUGUCGGGUCAGGCGUAUACUAGACCAUGAGAUUUCCUUGACCGCUUGGUUUAUUUAUUAUCAAAAGUUAUUUAGUUUAAAUACAGCGAAAUUACUUCCGAUUAUGUCACUACCGAUGGCUUCUUGUAUUGUUGAUCCUAUUUUGGAUCUUCCUAUUUCUGAUUCAGAGGUGAAUACAACACUUCAAAAAAUGCGGAUUCGUUCUGCUCCCGGGGUGGAUAAUGUUUCACCGUCUUUAAUUGUUUACUCAAGGGACACUUUGGUUCCUUACUUGGCCAAGUUAUUUAAUCGGGUUUAUGACACUGCUAGAAUCCCGAAACAGUGGUUGGAGGUAAAGAUAAAAGUUAUCCAUAAAAAAGGUCCACUAGAUGAUCCCGCUAACUUUCGACCAAUAUCGUUGUUGCCUGUAGUUCAAAAGAUAUUUACCUCUAUUUUGGCAAAUAGAUUGAGUACUUGGCUAAGAGAGAGGAGUUUGAUUCAACCUGUGCAGUUUGCUUUCCAACCUCGGAAGAGCACUUUGAGUAAUAUUUUGAUUCUCCAUUCCAUUAUUUGUAGACAACUUUCAAAGAAAAGACAACGUUUACUUGCAGUGUUUAUUGACUACGAGAAAGCUUUUGACAGUGUUGUUUUGAAGAUUUUGUUAUCGAAAUUAAAAAUGCUUGGAAUCUCAGAUAAGUUUAUUGACAUUAUUCAAUGUCUAUUUUCAGGUUUGAAAGCAAGGGUUUCCACUAGUGCCGGAUUUACUGAUGCCUUUUCAUUGGAAAAGGGUUUGCCACAGGGUGAUUCCUUAAGUCCGAUAUUGUUUAUUUGUUAUGUUAACGACAUGGUACACGUUUUUGAUGAUUUAAGUAAAGAUUCCAUUUCUCUGGGAAACUACGAAGUCCAUUUACUUCAAUUUGCUGAUGAUACAGUGGUGUUAUCCACUACCCCGAUUUAUCUACAAAGAAAACUGGACAGGUUAUAUAAUUAUUCCUCUAAUUUGGGUUUGCGCAUUAAUUUAUCAAAGUCGAAAAUAAUAAUUUUUAGACAAGGUGGAAGGUUGAGGAAAGCUGAUAAGUUUUUCUUAAAUGGUAGAGGAGUCAGUAUUGUUAAUGAAGUAAUAUAUUUGGGGAUUUGUCUCUCAGCUACUGGCUCGUUCCAAAAUUACAUUUCUUACGUUAAAGGUAAAGCAUUUUCCAAGAUAAAUGUUAUUAUAGACAUCUUGAGAAAGGUUAAAAACAGCCAUAUGGCUUUAUGUAAGAAACUUGCCGCCUCUCUUUUUACUUCGAGUUGGUCUUAUGGUUUGCCCUUUUGGGGGCCUUUUUGCUUUGAAGAUAUUGACUCUAUAGAACUGAUGUUCUUUCGUCGUCUUUUUGGUCUCGAGAGGAUGCGUAGAGAAAGCACAGCUGAACAAACCAAAGAAAAACCCAAAGAAACAAACAUGGAGCCAGGAAAAAAUGGCAGAGGUAGUUAA